AUGGCUACAGUUGAGGAUAUUGGGCUAGCAGCAGUGAUAAAUAUCAUAAGUGCUCUAAUUUUCUUGAUAGCAUUUGCUAUUCUUAGGCUCCAACCUGUGAACGAUAGAGUAUACUUUUCAAAAUGGUAUAUCAAGGGUCUAAGGACAAGCCCCUCCGCCGGGGAAUUAUUUGUUAAAAAGUUUGUCAAUUUGGAUUACAGAUCAUACAUUAGGUUUCUUAACUGGGUGCCAGAUGCACUCACUAUGCCGCAAUCUGAGCUCAUUGAUCACGCGGGUUUGGAUUCUGCCGUGUAUUUGAGGAUUUACUUGCUAGGGUUGAAAAUAUUUAUCCCGGUAUUUUUCUUUACAUGGGCUAUUCUGAUACCGAUUAACUGGACAAACAACACGCUGGAGCUGUCGAAAGAAACUUAUAGCCACAUUGAUAAGCUAUCUAUAUCAAACAUUCCCCACGCCUCUCCCAGGCUUUGGGCUCAUGUAGCAAUGGCAUAUGCGGUUACCCUUUGGACAUGCUUCAUGUUGAAGAAGGAGUAUGAGACAGUUGCAAAUAUGCGAUUUUACUUUCUUCAAUCAGAAAAACACCGCCCUGACCAAUUUACAGUUCUUGUAAAGAACGUCCCGCCAGAUGCUCAUGAGUCAGUUAGUGAGACGGUUCAGAGUUUUUUUCUAGUGAACCAUCACAAUAACUAUCUCACUAAUCAGGUUGUGUGUAAUGCAAAUAAACUUGCAAAACUUGUCAAGAUGAAACAAAAGAAGCAAAACUGGCUCGGCUACUACCAGAUUAAGUACUCAAAAAAUCCGUCAAAACGACCUAUGAUGAAGACUGGUUUUCUUGGACUUUGGGGAAAGAAAGUUGAUGCUAUGGAAUACCACGAAACUGAAAUUGAGAAACUUUCAAUCCAAAUAGCGGAAGAGAGAAAGAAUGUGAUGAAUAACCCAAAAGCCAUCAUGCCAGCAGCAUUCGUGUCCUUGAAAACUCGUUGGGGAGCUGCUGUUUGUGCCCAGACACAACAAGCAAGAAACCCAACUCUGUGGUUGACAGAAUGGGCUCCCGAACCACGUGACGUGUACUGGAAAAACCUUGCUAUUCCCUACGUCUCAUUGACUAUACGGAAGGUUAUUAUGGGGGUGGCCUUCUUUUUCCUCACCUUCUUUUACAUGAUCCCCAUCGCAUUUGUGCAGUCACUAGCUAAUAUUGAAGGUAUCGAGAAGGCUGCACCGUUCCUUAAGCCCAUAAUCCAUAUAAAACCGAUCAAAUCAUUUAUCCAAGGUUUUCUACCUGGCAUUGUGCUGAAGCUCUUUCUGUAUCUGCUGCCACGGAUAUUGAUGAUGAUGUCAAAGUUUGAAGGAUUUAUGAGUAUAUCCCGACUGGAGAGGAGAUGUGCUUCCAGAUAUUAUCUUUUCAACUUUGUGAACGUGUUUCUUGGUAGCAUUGUUGCUGGGGCUGCAUUCGAACAGCUCAAUACCUUUCUAAAUCAGCCAGCUAGCCGGAUUCCUGAAAUAAUUGGCAUGGCGAUCCCGAUGAAAGCAACCUUCUUCAUAACGUAUGUGAUGGUUGAUGGGUGGAGUGGUACAGCUGCAGAUAUUUUGCGGUUGAAGAAGCUGGUGGUAUAUCACUUAAAGAAUGUUUUCUUAGUGAAAACCGAAAGGGACCGACAAAGGGCUAUGAAUCCUGGAACCAUCGGUUUCAACACAGGAGAACCUCAAAUUCAGUUUUAUAUUCUUAUCGGCCUUGUUUACGCUGUGGUGACGCCACUUCUAAUUCCAUUUAUCUUGGUAUUCUUUGGCCUAGCAUUUGUUAUCUGUCGUCAUCAGAUAAUGAAUGUUUACAACCCAAAGUAUGAAAGCCGAGCAGCGUUUUGGCCAGAUGUUCACGGACGUGUAAUCACGGCAUUGAUAACCUCGCAGAUACUUUUGAUGGGUUUGUUGAGUACAAAACACGCUGUGGCUUCAACACCGGUUCUCCUUGCACUUCCUGUGAUCACCAUCGGGUUCCAUAUAUACUGUAAAGGCCGCUUUGAACCCGCAUUUAUCAGAUACCCCUUACAGGAAGCGAUGAAUAAAGACACUCUUGACCGAGUAAGGGAACCAAACAUCCGGAACCAAAAAGGCUACCUUGAGAAUGCAUACAUCCAUCCUGUGUUUAAGGAUGAUGCUUCAGAUGAUGAUCACUAUGACGAUGGGCCCGUGAUCAUCCCAACCAAAAGACACUCUCGUCGGAACACACCCGAGCCUAGCGGAAAAAGUGAUGGUUUCAUGUUAUCUCUUCCCCAAGUUAUUCUAGAAAAUCAUAAGCCAUGAGACAAGUUAAAUGUAGAGACUGGCGAGUUAAUUAAACGGAGGCCGGGCAAAUUACUAACAUUGAUUACAUGAAAGAACUAACAACAAUAUAUAUAUAUAUAUAUAGGCAUUAAUAUUAUUAGUAGUAGC